AUGAUCUGAAUGAGUUUCGUGUUUGGCCGUUAUUUGUUGAAACCGUCAAUAAAACUUUAUAGCAUCGAUUGGCCAAGAUCGUAAACGACGAAACGAUAUUAAGAAAAGGGUUCGCUUUUACGAAGCUCGAUUAAAUAUAAGCAGAACGAACUAUGACUUCGUUUAAUUUAAGCUUGCUGGAAGAUCAGUUGAAAGAAAUUGCGCAGAGUUCGACUGGUACCGGUGUUUCGUUUGCGAAAAAAUCGCUGAAGCUCGAUUCCGAAGAGGACGUAUUGGAAGUGGUGAAAGCGAUCAAAGAAUGCCCCGAUUUGGAAUACUUGGAUUUGGAAGGAAACACUUUAGGGCCAGAGGCUGCCAAGGCCAUAGGCAAAGCAUUGGAAGAGAAAGGUGCUGAUUUGAAACGUGCCCUUUGGAAGGAUAUGUUCACCGGUCGUUUAAAAUCGGAAAUACCAAAUGCGAUUAAAUAUCUUGGCAGUGCUCUGACCACUGCCGGUACCCGUCUCCUUGAACUCGACUUCAGCGACAAUGCUUUGGGUCCGAUCGGUAUCGAAGCAUUGGCUAACUUUUUAACCUCCAGUUCUUGUUACACUCUUCACGAAUUGAGAUUGAAUAACAACGGACUUGGAAUAUCGGGUGGCAAAAUGUUAGCAAAUGCAUUGUUAGAUUGCUAUAAUAAUAGUUUAAAAGCGGGCACACCCUUAGCAUUGAAAGUGUUUGUCGCGGGAAGAAACAGACUGGAAAACGAGGGCGCGAAGGCGUUGGCGUCGGUUUUCCAGAAACUGAACAGUUUAGAGGAAGUCGUUAUGCCUCAGAAUGGUAUAUAUUAUCAAGGCAUAACAGCGAUCGCUAACGGCUUAUCUACCAACCCUGGAUUACGAAUUUUAAAUCUGAACGAUAAUAUAGUAGGACCUAAAGGGGCUCAAGCUCUCGCCAAAGCACUGCCAAAUUUCCAAAAUUUAGAAGAAUUUAAUCUCGGAGAUUGUCUUCUCAAAACAGAGGGCAGUAUAACUUUGGCGGAGGCGUUAGGUAUCGAAGGUAAUCAUCCGUCGCUCACGGAAGUAAAUUUGAGUUACAACGAGAUCCACGUAAGCGGCGCCAAACCCAUAGCGCUCGCGAUGGCCGACAAAAAACACCUAACGAAACUGAAAUUAGACGGGAAUGUUUUCGGGAGCGAGGGUCGCACUAUUUUGUGCGACCUGCUCACAGCCUCUGAAAAAAUUGAAUCGUUGAGCAUAUUAAGCGACGACGAUAGCGACGACGAAAGCGAAGGAGGUCAUGGCUCGGAGGACGAGGAGAAAGACAAGGUGGAGGACAGCGAAAGCGAAAGCGAGAGUAAAGAAAACGAAGAAAACAACGAAGAUACGACUGAGCACAAUGGCGAUAAAAUUCCGGACAGCACUUCGACACUGAAAGUGUCUGUUUCGCAGUUUCUGUCGUCACCGGCGGACGAGAAAUUAUUAUUAUUACAAGGCGAGAUCGUUCAAGAUUUCGUAGAUCAUGCUAGAGAUUUAUCGAAAAAUGCUGACGCGUCGUCGGAGCUAAUAUUCGUCGAAGAAUUUACAAAGAUGGUUAUGAAAGUGUCCGCAAAAUGUGCGAGUAGUGAUAUUAAUGUAAGAAUGAAAGCUCAAACCCUUACGGACGCGUUGUAUUCGAAGCUAUGUUCCUUUGCAGUGGAGAAUGAUGAGAUUUCGAUUUGGAACAAUGCCCUGCUAGUCAACUUAGGUUUAAUAAAAAGUGAAGAUAAACGUACUGGAAAGAUCGUUUGGAAUUUAGACGGUUGUUUUAAAGCAUUAGAACAAGUUAUCCAACAAGAUUACUUUUUAGCGGAAACACGAGAUACGUUGAAAAUCUUUUUAGAAAAACCAGUGAAAAGUAGAAAGGUUGUAGAUUCGUGUCAGGAUUCGAAAGAUUCUCUUAGAGCUAUUUUAAAUCGUAUGCAAAGUACAUAA